UGUUGGUCGAGUCUCGCCUGCUGGGGGAUUGUUGUCAUAUUUCUGUGGCUAGCCGUAGCGCUAGCUAGCAGUUUGAUUUUUCUCUCCAACAUACUUUGAUCCAGCAGGAUGUUAGGAUGGAGUGGGGCCCAGCUCUGCCGGACAGCCUGGUGUUGGAGAUCUUCCUGCGUCUGCCCCACUAUGCUGUGCUGAGAGCCGGUCUGACCUGCAGACAGUGGCUUGCUGUCUCCAGAGAUGAGUUCUUGUGGCGGGAGCUGUUCUACAGCUACUACCGCAUCCCACGCUGUGUGCCCCGACACCCAGCGGCUGUGUCGUGGUAUCGGGAGUUCAAGCGUCUGUUCGACUGCAUCCCCUGUGUGGAGGUUCAGACGCUGAAGGAGCACAGCGACCAGGUCCUCCACCUGGCUUUCUCUCACAGGGGCCACCGGUUCUCAUCCUGCUCCAAAGACUGCACCGUUAAGCUGUGGGACACUGAGCGUCCAGAUGGUAAUAUCUCACUGGUGCACAGCUCCAGCAUGCGGCAGUUUAACUGGGGCUACACCCAGUUCUCCCAGUUCAACGCUGACGACAGCCUGCUGCUUGUGUCUGGCGUCUACCUGGGCCCACACCACUCGUCUUCUGGAGAAAUUGCUGUCAUUAGUCUGGAAAACUACACGCUGCUGUCACGGGUUAGAAACAAGCCGUAUGAUGUGUUUGGCUGCUGGCUGAAUGAGACACACCUGAUCUCUGGGAACCUGCACUGGAUCGGCAACAUGACGUCCUGCUCUGUGCUGUGGCUCAAUAAAGCCUUCCAGGAUAUCGAAUCAGAGAACGUCAAUGUCGUCAAGCGCCUUUUCAAGAUCCAAAACAUCAACGCCAGCACUAUUCGAACGGUGAUGGUGGCCCACUGCCGUCGUCACGACAACCCGGACCUCCUGCUGGACUACGAGGCUCAGCAUCAGGCUCGAAGGCAGAAAGGGCUCCAGCAGCAGCACCACCAGCCUCUCCUGUUUGACCUGGGGACCUCCGGGAGCGAAGAGGAAGACGAGGAAGAGGAAGAGGAAGACGAGCGUCAGAGGGAAGCGAAGGGCCGCAGCAUAACAUCCGCCCGCAUCCCUCAACCCACCAUCUCAGGCCUGGAGCAUGUUUUACAUAGUUGUAAAAAUGUGGGUCAGACAGAGCUGGAGAUCGAGACCCAGGUGGCUCAGAUGAUGGGCCGAGUCCACACGAAGGCCCCCAACCCCAGCUUCAACGAGCCCUCUGAGACCAGCGAAGGAGAGGACAAAACUUAUUUACUCUUCACCACCGGCAGCCUUACGUACUCUCCUCACCAGAUAGGCAUUAAGCUAAUCAAACCCGACCAGAUGACCACGUCUGGUCCUGUACUUGGGGAAGAGCGGAGUUCAGAGGAGUUUUUUGAUUCCCUCGACCAUGUUAUCGAUAUCCACGGCCAUAUCAUCGGUAUGGGCCUUUCACCAGACCACAGAUACCUGUAUGUGAAUAGUCGAGCCUGGCCAGCCGGAUGUGUGAUCUCCGACCCCAUGGCUCCGCCUCCCAUCGCCGAGGAGAUAGACCUGCACGUAAUUGACCUGAAGAGCUUGAGGGAGGAGAGAAGAAGUCUACGUGCUCACCGAGCCUUCACGCCUAACGAUGAGUGCUUCUUUAUCUUCCUCGACGUCAGCAGAGACUUUGUGGCCAGUGGAGCAGAGGACAAACAUGGCUACAUCUGGGAUCGCCACUACAACAUCUGUCUGGCUCGUCUGGCUCACGACGACGUGGUGAACUCGGUGGCGUUCAGCCCCGCCGACCAGGAGCUGCUGCUGUCCGCCAGCGACGACUCCACCAUAAAGGUGUGGCGUUCACCACGGAUGGUCCGCCUGGCGCAGGCCCCCAUCCGGCCACCGAGGCCCCGCAGCCUCCUGCCGUCCUGGCUGAGCCGCAACAAGAACUCCUCGUCCUCUGCAGGCAGCGUCAACGGAAAACCAUGAGUCAAGGUUGGAAAACACUUAGAGCGGCAGGGAGGGAGGGAGCGGGGCGAGGAAAGUUUAAUCUUUUUCCUCUGUGGUGGGUUGAACAUAUAUACACUCCAUGUAUAUGUACAGCGUGGUGACAGCCAGUCUGACUCACGGUGUUGUGGCCUAAAGCAGUGAUGGGGUGUCUUCAGCCGGCAUGAGACUCAGGUUCAGACAGAAGAGGGCGCUGCUGCACCAACGAAGAAGAAGAGGAGAAAUCACGCAGACUCUGUUGCUGCUGACAGGAAAGAUCUGUAAGGUUACCACGGAUAGAGCUAGUGUAGAGCCGGCACCUACAUGCACAAGACAGAUGUCCGAAACUGUUCCCCAAGAGAUGGCUGUUGUUUGUUUUUUUUAUCCGUGAUGUUGCGUCUGAGCGGGUCGGACGCAGGACUCCUAGAGCUGUAAAUGUGUGUAAAUGUACUGCAGAGGUUUGUGGUCGCACUUGUUACGUGUUCAUCAGGGGCAAAGUGCAGUAACUGAGAAUCCUUUCAAAAAUGUUCUUUCUUAUUAAUGGAUAUAUCCAAUUGAUGUCUUGAGUAUAAACCUUUAAAUAAACCCUGAUUUCAAAGAAUUAUAAAACAGUUUAAAAGCAAAAGGGGCAAAAAAAAGAAGAGCUUGAGCUGCAUUUAAAGUGGUCUGCUAUUUUUAAUGAGAUCUCCUCCUGUUUGUUUUUUUGUGCCCCUUACAUUCAGAAUUAUCGAGCAGUUUAAUAGAGAGGAUUUGUUGAGGCGCAGUUAGCAUGACUGUGAACAAAAACUGUUGUUUGUGUGGCUAUUUGUUAAUGGACCUAUAUAAUGUAAAAAUGUAUUUAAACCCUUUUCCUUCAUAAGUAGCACAAAGGUGCACCUUUAAAUUCUGUCCAUGUGAGGAAAAAUCUCCAAAAUGGAGGUGAAUUAAAGUUUUUUAAAUAAAAAAAACAUGUUUCUUUCCCUAUAAACAUGAUAGAAGGUUUACGUCCCUAAAAUCCCAACAUAUAGAGCAAUCUACAACCUACAGCCGUCUUUUAGUUCCCUGCUGUCUACUGGUCAUGUGAAGUUCAGAUUUUACGUCACACCUUGCUGUCCUUCACAGUUGUUUUGGGAUGUAUUUUUUCUAUUAAACAACGCGCACAUUGGACACUCUGUUGAAAAAGCAAUGUUACAUUACUUAUUUAUAGACUUAAAAUCCCCAGGAUGGUGCUGAAGAUUAUUUUAAUAUGGCAUAAAUUUGAUUAUUUAGCUCACAGACAUUGUUUUAAAUUAUUGAUGUGUUGUAAUAUUAACAUAUUUAGUGAAUUGGCAGUUUGAAUUUCUGUCGAAAGAACACUUUAUACACCAAGUAGUCGAAUUUUAGAAAUAUUUCAAGUCGCACAAAUGUCACCCAACGCUUUAAUUUAGGUUUAAUAAAUAAUUCUGCAAUUUUAUUCAUUUAAAAGAACAACACACAUCAGAUUUAAACUGACUUUCAAACGGUGCUGAGAUGUUUGCACACACAUUCACAUCAGACUUUCUGUUUAAAAACUAAAACAAAAAGUAGCACAUCCAGCCUUGACUUUGUUUUCAGUUGCAGUUUAACCAUCAGAAGGUUCAGGUACUUUACCUGCUGGAAUAUUUACAUUUCCAUGCAAAUUCCCUCCUGAGGGAGGCGGUGACCAAUAAUAAUUUAUUUCUUAUUUCUUAUUGUGUGUCGUCUCAUCACUGGUUUCUCAACCUCUGUGCGUUCGUGACUUCAUCAACAGAUCUUUCACCAACUGAACUGUAUUUUCCACGUUUUGAAAUGUGUGUAAUAAGUCACGAACUUUCUCCUCUGUUCCCUUUGACAACAGUUGCAAUGUGUUUUUGUUUUUUUCAAUUAAGCUCAGUCUUUAUGAUCAUGUUUCCUCUUCCUAUUCUCUGCUGUUAUUUUCAUUCUCCCCUUAAGUAAUAAAAAGCAUGCCCCUACAAGACCUGAAGUCUGAAAAAGUGUUCCAUUAAAUUCUUCUGUACUUGAAAA